AUGCGGGUGCGUUGCUGGGGCCUCACGUCGCGGUCCUUGAGUCGCCCGAUCCUCUCCUCCCCUCAAGGAUGUCGCCAGAAACUGCGCUGCAGUUCACUCAAUUCCCAAAGACCUUCGUUGCAAAGUGGUAGCAGCAGGGAAAACGUUCCGGACUUUGCGUUCGCUUUUGACAUCGACGGUGUCCUCGUUCGGAGCUCCAAACCGAUCCCCCAUGCCUCGUCGACGCUCAAAUUCCUCCUCCGCAAUCGCAUCCCGUUCAUGCUCCUCACCAAUGGCGGCGGGAAGCAUGAGUCGGAACGAGUCAAAGACCUCUCCUCAACCCUCUCUGUACCGCUCGAUACCUCCAACUUUAUACAGUCGCACACUCCAUUUGCCGAGCUGAUACAUGGAGAAGACAGUCUGCGGCACAAAUGCAUCAUGGUGGUUGGAGGCGAGUAUGGACGCUGCAGGGACGUCGCUGAGAUGUACGGCUUUACAAACGUCGUGACGCCCGGGGAUAUAUACACAGCGCACCCAGAGAUCUGGCCGUUCAGCAAGCCCUUUCAGCGUGAUUACUAUGCCUCGUUUGCACGUCCGCUACCAAAACCCAUUCACCCGACAUCUCCGGAAGACAGUCUGAAAAUUGAAGCGGUGUUCGUUUACAACGACCCGCGCGACUGGGGUUUAGACAUGCAGGUCAUCCUCGAUGUGAUGCUGUCCCGCGAGGGCAUCAUGGGGACAUUUUCAUCCAAGAACGGCGACCUGUCCCUGCCAAACAGCGGCUUCCUCCAGGACGGACAGCCAACACUGUACUUCUCGAACCCGGACCUGCUCUGGGCGGCCGACUACCACCUGUCACGCCUGGGCCAGGGCGGGUUCCGAGAGGCCCUCGAGGGCCUCUGGCGUGCCGUCACCUACAACAAAAACCACCACAAGCCUCCGAAGCUGUACAAGCGCGUCAUCGGCAAACCCCACAGGACAACAUACUCGUUCGCGGAGAAGCAGCUGAUGCGACACCGCGACUCCCUCUUUGGAAAACACCACCCGACCAAGUUGAAAAGGGUCUACAUGGUCGGGGAUAACCCGGAAAGCGACAUUCGCGGCGCAAACACCUACGAGUCGGCUCAUGGAAUCAACUGGGUCAGCCUGUUGACGAGAACGGGUGUAUACAAAGACCAAGACGGCCGUCGCCCGACGUGGGAGCCCGCAGCCAUUGUGGAUGAUGUUAGAGCCGCUGUGCAAUGGGCAUUGAAGGACAGUAACUGGCACCAGCCCUUGGAAUAA